AUGCGCUGCGAGGACCUUCAUGUCAAUGUGCAAGAUGCGAGUGGUGACAGGAUCUUGGCCGGCUCAACUCUGAACAAGGAUCCUACUACCUGGAAUACAAGGAGGAAGACGUACACAACUAUCUCGGCGCGGCCAAGGCAACGAAGAAGUAUCCGAAGACUCCCAAGGUUCCCAGACACGCCAACCCUGACAGUUGCCGUAUCUACGGCAGCAUGGAGGGCAACAAGGUCCAGGGUGACUUUCACAUUACGGCAAGAGGCCAUGGUUACAUGGAGAUGGGCCAGCAUCUUGAUCACAGCGCGAAAAUCACUUCCAGAAAUUCCAGUACUACCUCUCGGUGGUCCCCACAGUCUACACGACCGACCCCAA